CUCUCCAGCUCUGUCGCCUCGUUUCUCUUCCCCAUCUUUGCCUCUUACAAGGCCCUCAAGACCCAUGAUCCCGCAGAGCUGACACCAUGGCUCAUGUACUGGGUCGUCCUCAGCUGUUGUCUCCUCGUUGAAUCUUGGGUCUGGUUCAUUGUGUCAUGGAUCCCCCUCUACGGUUACUUCCGCCUCCUCUUCCUCCUCUACCUCAUCCUCCCCCAGACCCAGGGCGCCCGGCGCAUAUACGAGGAAAAGAUCCACCCGUGGCUCGAGGAGAACGAGACCCAGAUUGACGACUUUAUCGCGAGCGCCCACGAGCGCCUGACCGCUGCCGGUAUCGCCUACCUGAAGCUCGCCAUAGAGCAGUUCAAGACAAAGGUCCUCGGCCUCCCUCCCUCAGAACAGGCCUCGCCUCCUCCAGAGCCCGCGCAGAGCUAUACACAGUCGCUGCUCUCGCGGUUUAGCGUCCCCGCAGCGAGAUGGACUGGCGAUGCCAACAACAGCACCGGCACCGACUUUUAUAGUCUGCUUUCCAGUGCUGUCGCAGCUGCUACCAGCGCGGGUGCAAGUGCGGCUGGUACGAGGACUGCUGGCGGCAACGUUACCAACACGAGCACCCUGAUCCCACCUCACCUCCGAGAUUCCAAUGAGAGGAUGACCUUUAUCUCUGCUCAGCGCGACCGGCUCAACAUUCUCCUAACAGCGCUCGACCGUGAGGCUCAGGACCUGCGCAGCGAGACCCAGCGGGCGCAAACACGCGCAGCCCACCGCCGCGCACCAUCCAUGUCCUACGAUGGAACUGAAGACGACGAGCCGACCCAGCGACCUCCCAGCGGUCUCAGCGGAUGGAGCGGCAUGAGCAAGAGCCGUAGCGAGACCGACUUUGAGAGGAUCGACGCCGAGAGCGGCACUGAAGAUGACGGCACAGUGCGCCGACGAAACAUGGGAGCCGGUACUAGAAACACAUCUGGCACAUGGGUGCCGUGGGGAUGGGGUGGUGACGCUUCUCCCGGGGCGGGA